AUGCCUAGAGAUUUAAGGCUUCUGUAUGAGCGCAUUGUGUUCAAUAUCCCAACCGAUUUGAUUCAGGAUGCCAUCACCUUCUUUGAAAUCUUCCAGAGCGUGGAUAAUUCCACGAAUUCCAAAAGGGCUCUGACUCUUGAAGAAUUGAGUAUCGGGGUAAGUGCUGAAGCUAUGUCUCCAACUACAGAAUUUCAGUCCGAGGAAGAGGAGCUAGUAUGGUUGACGGACAUCUGCGACACUACCAAAGCUCGCCUUCGAAGCAGCUGCAGAGGACUCAUUUAUGUCGCGCCGCCUACUAACCUGAAGCGAUCGAUUUUCAAGAGUCUUCCCCCAAGACCUGUACGAUGGAUGCAUCUCACAGUGAAGAGCUUCGCCACAGAUUAUAAGGAUAAAUUCUAUGCUAGAGCAGCGGAGAUGGGCACAGAACGGGGACGCCUGAUACCUGUCACAGAUUUGCACAAAUUCAGCAUGGCGCUUAGUACAAAGCUUCUCAAAAUGGCUGCCGCUCGCUGGUAUGGUUACGGGAAUCCACCUCGAAAGUGUCGUACUUUCAAUACGAAGACUGUGCUCCCCCAAGAGCAUGUGGAAGGAUGUGCUUGCUUGGUAGAAUUUGCUGAGGUACCUCUUCCUUGGGACGACCGCAAGAAAAAUGCGGCAAAGUUGGCCUCUCGGAUAUUUCAGAAUGUCACUCAGCCCUAUUUCGACGAGGUGAAGCGAACGUGCACAAUGAUCUGUCCUUCAUUGCUCGACUAUCAUUGGGAUUAUCAACUGAACAUCGAGAACAAGCACAGGAAAGGGGGGUAUGCGGAAGGUACAUUUCCUAAAAUUCCCAAUGGAUCCGUCAAGCGUCCCAAAAAACCAGCUCGCAAGAUAAACCACACCAUCCCUGAUGAAGAAAUUGAUAAAGCCGAUGACGACGACGAUGAUGGCGAUGAUGAUGACUUAUCCGGGGAUGAUUGA